CCCCAACUGCCAGGCAAUGAGAGCGCGCGGGUGCCCAACGGGGUCUGGUGCUAUGGCUGCCCCCCCGAGGGGCCGUGCCCCCCCGACAACAGCACCGUGGUGCAGUGCUACGACGACCUGCGGGGCUGUUUCCAUGGCAACGUCACCCUGACGCUAGGCUCGGUGUCGCUGUGGCGCGAGGUGCGGGGCUGCGUGCGGGACGAGAGCUGCACCCAGGCGGCGCGGGGCGACGGCGGCGCCGUGGCGCUGCGCGGCUCCUGCUGCUCCGGCAACCUCUGCAACCACCACCUGGCCAACAAGACCUUCUUCGCCCCCGACCUGCCCCGCCUCGAGCUGCUGCCCCAAGGCCACGUGCACACCCCCGCGCCCCACACCACCAAGGUGGCCAACGACGACGCCAAGGUGGCCGGCGACGCCACCAAGACGGCCGAUGAGGACGCCAAGAUGGCCGACGAUGACGCCAAGAUGGCCGCCAGCGCCCGCGCGGCCAACGGCAGCGCCGAGGAGGCCAAGGGGCGUCCCGGUGGGGCCGCCUCCCGGUCCCAUGGGGCCACCGUGUUGGCCAAUGGGACCGCCGUGUUGGCCAAUGGGACGGCCACCAAGGCCAACGGGGGAGCCACCAAGGCCAACGUGGCCACCACCCAGGCCAACAUGGCCGCCGGCCGGGCCACCAAGGCCACCGAGAGCAAGAGGGCUACCACAGCGGCCCACGGGGCCAAUGGCGGCGUCAACGGGGCCAACACCGGCGUCAACUUGGCCAACGUCAACGUGGCCAAGGCCAAUGGGGCUUCUGUUGACCCCAAGACGGCCGCCGUUGACCCCAAAACCGCCGCCGUUGACCCCAAAACCGCUGCCGUUGACCCCAAGAUGGCCACUGGUGAUGCCGGUACGGCCGCCAGGCGCCCCGCGGGCCACUGGGAGCGGAAGACGGGCGUGAAGCUGCCAGUGGACGGCGGCCACGCCAUGGGGGGCCCCGGGUGGCUCCUCCCCCUCCUGCUGCUGGCCCUGCUCUGAGGGGGGGGGACCCCAAAACCCAAACAACCCCCCCCCACCCCACCCCCCGGGCAGGGCCAUGGGGGGAACCCCAAAAAUCCCCUCCUCCCCCCCAUGGGGCACCCCCAAACCACCCCCAAUAAACGGCUGCGGUGGGACCCGGCCUCUGCGUCUUCUUGGGUACCCUCCCC